CUUAUCCCGUUCCCAUAGUGAUAACAGAAUACGAAUUUUUAAUCUGCCACCAUUUUGAACACAUUAUAGUUAGUUGUAUUCUCAAUGUUUUCUCAAUUAGAACAUUUUGUUGUGUUCUAGAAGCCUUGAUCACGUACUGGAGUUGUUCUAUAGCAUUCUAAUUUUGCCAUGAAGGGCUGUCUGAGAGCAAAAGAUGGAACAGCAUUACAUCAGCUGAGAAAUACAGUUACGACUGUUGGCAGGGAAGGAUGCGACCUUAUUCUUCCGUAUUCUACAAUAGAGAAGCAACAUGCUGUUAUUGAUUUUGAUGUCUCACAAGGAUGCUUCAUUUUACAAGAUUUGAACUCAGCUAAUGGAACAUAUGUCAACGAGCAUCGAGUACAGAACUCUGCCGUCAGACUGGCACCUGGUGAUAUUGUACGAUUUGGAUUUGGUAAUCCAGGAUAUGAGUUUGGUAUUGAUCAAAUCCCUAAUCUAAUAUACCAAUCUACCAAUCCACCAAGACCACAGUGGUUAAAUGGACUAUCGACACCACAGUAUUCAUCAUCCGUAUCUCUACCAUACAUCACAACAGGACUGUCAUCUAUUGUAGACUCAUUACCAGGCUAUCAGGGAUCCCAGUCUCUCGCUUCUCUACCAGGAACAGGUGGACUGGUAACAAAUGAUUCAAGAGCUGCUGAUUCAUGGGGUGGUGGGGUUAUGCCACACCCUCCCUUGAGGUCACGACCAGCGAGUGCAGGGACUGUUAAGCCAAGACCAGUAUCUGUAGGAAGAGAAAGGCCACAAGUAUUGAAUAGAGGUGGAUGGGUAGAGAAUGGAGUUUCAUCUCCAAAUACAUCAAGUCAACACAGUGUGGAAGAACUGGAGGAACGCUUGUUACGCAUGGGAGAUGAGCUUAGUAGACUAGCAUCUUAUGAGGCUGAGUGUCAUCGUAAAGAUGGAAUCAUUAACACUCUAAGAGAUGAAGUAGCUGACCUCAAGUCUAAACUGAAUGGUCAGAACUUUGGAUUCAGUGGAGGUGGGCAGGAUUCAGCAUUCUCCAGUGUUGGUAUUGUUGGUGAACUUCGACAACAAGUCUCCCAAAUGCAAAMCAUGUUGAAAGAGAAAGAACAGAAGAUGUUGAGAUACCAAGAACAACUACACACUAGAAAUGAAGAAUUAAGUACUUUGAAAGAACAGCUAGAUUCACAGUCACAAGUCAAAACCAUCAAGACAAUGAYGACUCAAGAUCCAAACAUCAGCACAAACACAUUGGCAACGCUAAGAACCCAGUUAGCUGAAAAAGACAAAAAGAUUGCACAACUUACCCACGAUAUUGACAAACUAAACAAGCAAAAAACACAAACUACUUCACUCAUGAAUACUAUWCAAAGARARAACUCUGCCAAGGACACUGUGAUYACUCAAACUAAGAUGGAGAAUGAGAAACUAAAGAAACAGCUCCGAGAAAAGGAUGUUACCAUAUCAACCAUAUCAGCAAAGUURACCCGUCAGAAGGCAACAAAAGAAGYAGAGCUUGAAGCAGAUAAAAAAGAAAAAGAGUUGAACUCAAGUAAAGAGAGACUUCAAAGCACAGAGAAGCAGCUGAAAGACCGGACAAGACAAGUCAGUGAGCUGCAGAAUGAGCUGGAGAGAGUCAAAGGUUCAAUCUCAGAAACCAGACAGUCAGAUACAUCAGAUGACAGUGCAGACAGUCAGAAAACAUACUCUAUACACGACGAGUACAGCUGUGAAAUGCUUGACAUCAAUCAGGAAGAUAGUACUAAUAGAACAUACUCUAUACACGACGAGUACAGCUGUGAAGAUAGUACUAUUGACAAUGAAUACAUGGACCUGUUACUGGUAGAAGAGAGUAGAGAGUUAGAAAGAAGGAUAAGUUUACUAGAGUACCAGUGCAAUUGUCUACAGAUAUUCAUAUUGUAUUAUUGUAGUGGAGGUGGGCAGGAUUCAGCAUUCUCCAGUGUUGGUAUUGUUGGUGAACUUCGACAACAAGUCUCCCAAAUGCAAAMCAUGUUGAAAGAGAAAGAACAGAAGAUGUUGAGAUACCAAGAACAACUACACACUAGAAAUGAAGAAUUAAGUACUUUGAAAGAACAGCUAGAUUCACAGUCACAAGUCAAAACCAUCAAGACAAUGAYGACUCAAGAUCCAAACAUCAGCACAAACACAUUGGCAACGCUAAGAACCCAGUUAGCUGAAAAAGACAAAAAGAUUGCACAACUUACCCACGAUAUUGACAAACUAAACAAGCAAAAAACACAAACUACUUCACUCAUGAAUACUAUWCAAAGARARAACUCUGCCAAGGACACUGUGAUYACUCAAACUAAGAUGGAGAAUGAGAAACUAAAGAAACAGCUCCGAGAAAAGGAUGUUACCAUAUCAACCAUAUCAGCAAAGUURACCCGUCAGAAGGCAACAAAAGAAGYAGAGCUUGAAGCAGAUAAAAAAGAAAAAGAGUUGAACUCAAGUAAAGAGAGACUUCAAAGCACAGAGAAGCAGCUGAAAGACCGGACAAGACAAGUCAAUGAGCUACAGAAUGAGCUGGAGAGAGUCAAAGGUUCAAUCUCAGAAACCAGACAGAAUGAUCGAACAUUACAGCAAGAGUUGGACCAUGCCAAGGCUCAAUUCCUUGAUGCUAACAGAGCAGAGAAACUACUAAAAGUUGAUAUGCAGCAACUUGAGAAAAGGUUUGAUCGUUUUAGRCGUAARGUUAUCCAGAAUGUUCAUGCUGGAGGCAAAAAGCUGACUUCGAACAAGGAACUGGAUGACGAUGAACUCCUGGAUCUCGUCAAGGACUUGUCUCAAGAUAAUGUCAAACUAGUUGACGAGUUACGCGAAUAUGCAGAAGCAGAGGAGAAGAUGCAAGCGCAAAAAGCAGAUCUAAAAGACGCCAUGGCAACACUUCGCAAAGACAUGGAAAGCAUGGAGAGACAUUUAUCCAAAUAUGGAAGAGACUGUAAUACACUUGAAGAAGAAUUAACAAAACUAGAAGAGCUUCAUACACAUGAAAACUUGCUAUGGAUGAAGGAUGUAAUGUCAAGGCUUUUAACCCAUGAAAUAACAUGGCAAAAAAGAAUAGAAGACACAAUGAGACGAGCUGGAGUGAGAGACGACGAUGAGGACGAAGAUGACAGUCCUCCUUCUGUGGAAAGGUURUGCAGACAAUUGCAGAAACAACGGGACCAGUGCAGACAUCUCCAAGCAAAAAUCACUGAAAUGGAGGAGACUCAUCAGGAUACARUCCUCAAAUUACGAGAAGAUGCCAAGCAUGAUGAAGAACGUAAGAUAGCACGAGCCAUUGCCGAAGUCAAGGGCGAUGAAGAGGAAAAGCGGCAUAAAAUGUUACAAGACCUAAGAGUGCAAGAGCAGGAAAGAAUUCGCGAAGCUGUGGAAACUGAGCGAAGAAUUCUGGAAUCUCAACAUGGAAGUGUCACGCAACUACAGCAGACUCUGAGUGAGAAAGAACAAGAACUKCUUCGUCACAGACGUGCRCUAGCUGAAGCCAAAGCACAGUACGAACAAGCAAAGAAUGAACUUGUAACUGCUAAAGACAGUGAGAGUUCWCUACAAACGCAGUUGCAAGAACUGGUUACAAGCCACGAAUCACAGAUAAAACAAGUCAUCAAAGAAAGAGAUGAACUGAAAAACUACAAACAAGAYGAAGUGACAUCCUUCAAGGAACAAACACGUCAACACGCCCGUACCAUCGUUGCCAUGGAAGACCGUCUGCUACUGCUGACCAAACAGAACAAGCAACUAGAAAUUGAGCUGUCGUACUACAAACAAGGAGGAAAACACAGACCGUCGUCUCCACGUAAAGAAAGACCACCUUCACCAAGAAAGGAAACAAGACCCCAGUCUCCUAAGAAGGAGCCCAAGCAAACUCGAUCGGUAGAGACUGAGACGAUUCCUCAGACCAAUGUUGAGGCUUCGCUUAAAUCAGACGUUUAUAAGCUUGAACAGUUGGUGCUUUUGUUAAGGCGAGAAGCAAGCCAGGCUAAAAAGGAAGCKCAAGCUCAAGCAGAUGUAGUCCAAGCCCUUCGCCGAGAUCUGGCCGGGGCUUCGGCACGAAUGUCCGACAUGGCCGGCGAACUGGACGACAAACAAAAACAAAAACUCGAAGAAAAAGAGGAAAGGAUCAAAGAUCAAGACUGCGAACUUGAAGAACAAAAGAAACAAUUAGCGCAAUUAUCCAUGUUGGUUGACGAACAGCAGAGACAGAUUGAGGAUAGAGAAGGAAAACUAAACGAAAAUGAAGCCAAAAUAGUUAAACAUCACAAAGAUUCAGUCAAGAAGAACAUGCAGUUAGUCGAGUACACUGACAAACUGGAGAAGGCGGUGGAAGAUCAGGCUGCGCAUAUGGAACAAAUUGAAAAAGAGAACAAGAAUACAACAGACUUGUACAAGGUCGGCAUGCGUUGUCGUGGUGAGCGACAUGAUCUGGUUAUCGCACGACAGAAAGAAGCUUUGAUGGACUUGAGAAAGAAAUCUAAGAUCAUGGAACAACUUAAACCGCCAUUACCAAGCCACGAGCAGUCAUUACAGCAAAUUGUCGCUCUUAAAAACGAGUUGUCCGAACUAAGGGCAUCCAUCGCCAACAAAGAAGAGGAUUAUCACAAGACGGAGUCAGAAAUGCAUACAGAGGUAUUAGCUAAUAUGCGUUAUGAUAUGGAAAUUAUAGUACAGACAACUGUCGUGAUAUGGAAAUUGUAUACAGAUGAGGUGAUUAGUCAUGCUUUGCUGUUACUACAGGAAGACAGUGUAGUCACCAAGAAGUCUUCAUGUCAGUCAGUUAUAGACAGACGACCGUCACAAGAAACUCUCUACGUGCGGGUUCUUCCUUCGGGUACACAGUACCUUAAGUUAGCGCGUGCCCUGGCAUCGUUGCUGGAAGUCGACCCUUUACCAGGAAGUCGGUCCAUGGCAUACUUACCAAUAGAAGAACGAGAGAGACUAGAGCAAGAACGAGAUGAGGCUGUGGAGUUGAUGGUGAACCGAGUGAAGCGUUUACACGAGAGACUGGAGAGGAAAGAGAAGUUACUUGGUGGAUAUGAAGACGAUCUCGUUCAUCUAAGAGAAACAAAGUCYAUUGCUGGUCAAAAAACAGCUGAAGCUAAGGGACUAAAGAUUGAUGURCGUGAUCGUCAGGAAGAGAUUGCUUACCUUCGUGAAUCGCUGUCGAGAACGAGAGAUGAUCUCGACCAACAACGGAGAUUAAAUAAAUGCUUACAGGAACGAAAGAAAUUCGCGAUGGAUUAUGAAGAUCGUGAUCAUCACCAAACCGCUCACUCUUGUUAUCAAGACGAAUUUACRARAUAUCAGGAAGAGAAGAAAAAGAAAAAAGCUACAGAAAAAAUGAAACGAAAAAAUUACGAAAUAGAAUCUYUAAAAAAGGAGCUUCGUUCAGCUGACAGAGAGUUAAAUAGCACAGCACUCAAACUACARGCACUUGAAUCAAGUAGAAGUGGGCGGAGUAUACAUGAUGAUAUUCCUACCAUAGAGCUCGAUGGUGUAUAAUAGCGUGUAUAGAAGACUUCGAUAAGAGUUUCAAGAACUACUUACAAUUGCCAUUAAGAAGAGGAAUGAAUAACAAGCCUUGGAUGAUAGCAAUAUUCUGUAAGCUCUUAUAAUGACAAAGAAAAUUGCUCUUUUGUGAYAAUAGCUUGGUGCUGUUUUACAAGUUGUGUAUAUAGUGUAAAAAAUGAAUAGUACAKUAGAAAAACUUAUGUAAAAUAAAAGAACAUUUCUAUUUGAA